CUUGAAAGCAGUCAACGAUCGCGCUGCAUUGUGGCGAUCGAAUGGCCGCUUCGUCUGAUAUCUGUCUGUUCUGUUCUUCUGCGAUUAGUUUUACUUUAUUCGGCGAUCCCUACGAGCGGUGCUUCCUCUUGAACGAUCUGGUAAGCCGAACUGCAGCUCUCCGAUUGGACGGCGUCGCUCGAGAUAACCUAUGGUCUGCUGUAUUCGCCGCGUAAAUUUAUUACACCUUGCACGCCCGGUUUAGUAACAUAACAAUAAUAUUAACAUUAACAAACGUAACAUUGAAAUGGAAAAAAGUGCCGAUGGAUUGCUAUUUCGCACUGAGAGAAAUAAUGGUGCUGAUGAAAUAGCCAUGGAUAUUGUCGACGAAAGAGUAGCUAUUUUAGAUGCAGGCGCACAAUAUGGAAAAGUAAUAGACCGGAAGAUUCGCGAAUUAAAUGUUCAUAGUGAAAUUCUGGCACUCGAUACACCUGCAUUUACUCUUCAGGAGAAAGGAUACAAAGCUAUUAUAAUUUCUGGCGGUCCUAGUUCAGUGUAUGCGGAAGAUGCACCUAGGUAUGAUGCCGACAUCUUCCGAAUAGGAAUUCCUGUAUUAGGUAUUUGUUAUGGGAUGCAGAUGAUGAAUAAGGAAUUUGGUGGUAGUGUAACCAGAAGGGAAACUCGAGAGGAUGGCCAGUUUCCCGUUGAAGUUGAUACCAAGUGCCUGUUAUUUAAGGGCUUGGAUAAGGAGCAAAUGGUACUAUUAAGCCAUGGAGAUAGCAUAGACAGGGUGGCCGACUGCUUUCGUACUACUGCCAGAUCGUCAAGCUUUAUAGCAGGUAUAGCAAGCGAUAAGAUGAAUUUAUACGGCGUGCAGUUUCAUCCAGAAGUGGAUUUAACGCCUAACGGAAAAUUGAUGCUACAUAACUUUUUAUUCGGUAUCGCUGGCCUUACGGGUAAUUACACACUCCGUGAUCGGGAGGCACAGUGUAUUCAAUACAUUAGAAAGACUGUAGGCAACAAAAAGGUUUUGUUAUUAGUGAGCGGUGGCGUGGACUCUACAGUGUGUGCAGCUCUAUUACAAAAAGCUUUAAGUAAGGAGCAGGUUAUAGCUCUACACAUUAAUAACGGCUUUAUGCGUAAAGGAGAAACACAAUUUGUGGAACAAAGUUUAGCUCAAUUGUGUGUCACAUUAAGAAUAGUGAAUGCCGGUCGCUAUUUCAUGCAGGGAACGACGACUGUUCCAUUGGACAAUGUCGCGCCUGUGAUGAAUGCCAAUGUCACGAAUAAUAAAGGAAUAUGUGGUACAGCGAGUAGUCCCAGAACCAGAUUAACCAAAAUGUUAUGUGAGACUACUAAUCCAGAGGAAAAGCGGAAAAUUAUAGGAGAUGUUUUCGUAAGAGUCGCAAACGAGGCGAUGGCAGAAAUGGGAUUGAAGCCGGACGACAUUUUCCUCGGGCAAGGCACUCUCAGGCCUGAUCUAAUAGAAAGUGCAAGCGCCUUAGUCAGUGGUAAAGCGGAUGCCAUAAAGACGCACCAUAACGACAGCGAACUUGUACGAGCAUUGCGAUCGCAAGGCUAUGUAGUUGAACCAUUGAAAGAUUUCCAUAAGGAUGAGGUAAGACAGUUGGGUUGUGAUCUCGGUUUGCCAGCGGCACUUGUUGCGCGUCACCCAUUCCCAGGCCCUGGACUCGCAGUACGAAUCCUUUGCGCAGAUGAGCCUUACAUAGAGAAGGAUUUCUCCGAAACACAGGUCAUAGUAAAAAUAAUGGCCGAGUACGAGCAAAUGCUUCAAAAAAAACAUGCGUUGUUAAAUCGCGUGGAAGGCGCGACGAGCGAAACCGAGCGACAACAGCUCCGAAGGGUUUCGAGUCAUCGUCAUAUCGCGGCAACCCUCUUGCCUAUUCGUAGCGUAGGAGUUCAGGGUGAUCGAAGAACUUACAGCUACGUAGUAGGUUUAUCAUGCGAGGAGACUGUAUCUGAAGGUGUAGAGUGGGAAGAUAUGUUAUUCCUUGCGAAACUAAUUCCACGCGUGUGUCACAAUGUAAACCGUGUGUGUUAUAUUUUUGGGCCGCAGCUUCAUCAUCCUAUCCAGGAUAUUACGCCUACGUAUCUCACCUCGAAUGUGAUAGCGACUCUACGACAGGCGGACCAUUUAGCUAAUCAAGUGUUAGCUUCUAACGGCUGUAUGGGAGCCAUUAGCCAGAUGCCCAUUGUUCUAAUACCGAUACAUUUUGAUCGCGACACGGCAUGUCGCACGUUAUCAUGUCAACGUUCUGUUGUGCUUAGACCAUUCUGUACUAAUGAUUUCAUGACUGGCAUGCCCGCCAUACCUGGCAAAGAUUUGCCGAUACAUGUGGUGAAAAAGAUGGUAACUGAAAUAUCCACGGUGCCCGGAAUUUCACGCGUUUUAUAUGACCUAACGUCUAAACCACCGGGAACAACCGAAUGGGAGUAGUAAAUGCUCGUCUGGCCCCUUUCUAUUUUUUCACCAUCCCUGCGCGCGUAACGAUUACAAAACGAAAAAAAUAUAUUUAAAAAAUAUAUAUAUAUUAUAAAAAUACACGAAUUCGAGAUUAAUGACUUCUUACUAAUUUAUACAAGACCGAGCAAACUUUCCAAAAGCAUACAUUAAACGAAUCGUGUAUUACUGGCUUCUCUAGACAAAGAACGGCAUUUGCGUUCGAUUGAAAUUAAAGAUAUCACAUUCGCUUGUAAAUAGAUUUCUUAUAUUACACACUCAUUAGUAGAAAUUUAAUUUAUUAAAUUUACGAGAUUUUGUAUUCAAUUGUUAUUACAUCUUGGAUCAUUACAUCUGAUCAACGGUAUCAUUAGAUUGUUGUUGUACUCGAUCUGCAUAUAACGUUGAACAUGUUUCACGGUCCUUCUGUACGUUCUAUGCCAAAUGCAGUUUCCAGUUUUCGUUGUACAUCUAAAAAACAGUCUUAUAAGUAUGUUUAAUGUAUCAUAUAUGUCGAAUAUUUUUAUUUAUCGAUUAUAAGCGAGUAAAACGAUAUCUGUUCCUUAAAA